AGCAGCAGCAGCAGCAGCAGCAGCAGCAGCAGUUGCUUUGCUUUCCUUUUUUCCAACCAGCGAGUUAGAGCAUGCGGCGCUCACUGGCGCUGCAGGGAUUACACAGUUAACGGAUGUCACGGCGGCUCCGCUUGCACUUUGCGUCAAGGAGAAGUAACACGGACCCUCUGUCAGACGCAGCUCAGAGACCCGCAGAGAGUCUGGCACACAGCUCUGUCCACCUGAAGGUGACUCCUCUGUCACCAGACUACGCUAAUCUACAGCGCUACUCCUCAGUAUUCAUACCCCGGAUUAACACUGGAGGAAGCAACAAGAAGAACGUUGUUCAGAUCUCCCUGCAGCCGUGCGGGAGGCUCAGCGGUCAGGCACAUGGCAGCGUAGAGGAUGGAGAUCAGGGAGCAGCUGGUGCAGGCUCUGAUGGGGGCUCGUGCAGCAGCAGCAUGGCUAGUGAUGCCGGGUACUGUAGCAGCAACAGCAUCUUUGAGCCAGAGGCUCCAGAAAAGCACAGGACCCGCUCCAGGUCCACGGUCCCUCUGAGACGCUGCUCCUCCCUGGUUAUAUUCCCAAAGAGCCCCAGCAGCACCCCGCCUGCCUCCCCGGUGAGUCCUGUGGCUGCUCUGCCACCGGCCAGGGCAACUCAGCCGCCGUCUCUUCACACGUGUGCCAGUGAAUUCUCACAAGACGACGAGGAAGUGACUCGCAAAGGGUCGACCGCGGCGGCGGCGGCGGUGGCGGCGGCGGUCGGCGGCCGUCGUCGUCUCUCUAAAGGAAGUGCCAGUGAUUUCAGGGACAAACACAUGGUGCACUUUAAUAUUCCUGUGCAGGAUAAACCAACAUACAGAAUGGAGGACAGGAGGACAGUAACGGACCCGUCACCGAUCCUGGACCGGUCCAACCGUCACUCCAGCUGCUUGUUGUUGCACUUUGCCCACCAGAGACCGACAAUCUGCGCUGAAGGAGCGACAACCACAGCGAGCGUUAAUGUGGAAUAUCCCGAAGCUCACAAGAAACUCUAUCGCAGCACGUCAGCGUGUUUGUUCUCGACUAAAGCAGCAGACACAACUCACGCGGGACGCUCGUGUGUCAAAGGCCAGGAAACGGCGGAGGAAAAGCGCGGCCAUCGAGCAAUUCAGAGGAGCUUCUCCCUGGAGGUUCCCUACGCUAACACGGGAAUCUCAUGUCACGUCUCCAACCCCGCGCUCUGCAGCCCUUACUCUCCACAUGUGCACAUUCACCUGUCUCCUCACUGUCCUGUGUCCAACUUACCAAACUGUGUGUUUGACCACGACGCCACAAAAACGUCCAAGAGCCCAGAGGAGAAGGUGAGUGUGUGCGUGUGCGCGCGUGUGUGCGUGUGUGUGUGCGUGUGUGUGUGUCAGCAACAAAACAAUCCUCCACAGCUUCAGGAGCAAAUGUCAGGACAUGAGAAUGUUGUUCAACUGGUUCAAGUAGAUUCUGAACUGUGACUUCUGAAGACCCCUCAUGAUGAAUCCAUGAUUUAUAUCUCAGCUUAUUGUGACGUGUGUGUGUGUGUGUGUGUGUGUGUGUGUGCGUGUGUGUGCGUGUGUGAGAACAACCUUCAGAAACUGAGACGACGGCAACAACAAGUGUUUGGUUACAGGACACUCACACAUUCAUGUCUUUACUCAUUACUUUGUAAAAAGAGUGAAUGAGUGAAAAGUUGUUUAAAUGUUAACUUUAGAACAAGUGUGUGUUUGUCAUGUUGUGUUAGCGUUAGCGCUGAGUGUGUGUAACGGCCUCAAGUAUUUACCUCAGCUAAUUUUAGUGCUGGGAAAACCGGUUAUAAAUAAACUGCUCUGAAAUAUUCACCCUGACUCCAGAGAGUCUGCUGCUGCUGCUGCUG